CCUAAAGUCAAAACCCUGAAACUCCCAAUAUCCAAGGGCCAUAAAGCAGCUUGACAGCACAAAACCCUCCUUAAACCCCUUCAAGAAAAAACACCAUUUUCUAUCUUGUACAGUUCUAAUAUCCCAAAACAUCAUACCUAGAGCCACAAAAUGUUAAUCAAAUCCAAAGUUUUGCGCUUUUUGUUUCACCAUCAAAAACCCACUAAUUUACAAUCCAUAAGAACCUUUCUUGACAAUAUUGAAAUUAAAUUUGUCCCAGAUCGUGGGUUGGAUCAUGCAGUAGAGAAAGAAAAAGACCUCAAAUUUGUGUUAAACCUCAAGAAUCUCCUCAAAAAUGAACCUUCGAAAUCACUUUCUCUUUCCUCCAUUGUUGAUAACAUUGAUAAGCUUGGAUUUCCAUGUCGUGCAAUUGAUUUUAUCCGUAAGUAUCCUUCUUUUUUUGAAGAAUAUUUUCCAGGUAAUGUUGCUAUUCAUCCACAUGUUAGAUUAACACAAGAAAGUCUUAAUCUUGAUGCUGAAGAACAGUUGAUUUAUAAUAGUGAAGUGUUUAGAAAAAGUGCUGCUGAUAGGUUGUUGAAACUUUUAAUGUUAACUAGAAUGAAUGAAAUUCCUUUGAAAUUGAUUGAUUUGCUUAAAUGGGAUUUGGGUCUUCCUGAUAAUUAUGUUGAUAUAUUAGUUCCUCAGUUUCCUGAUUAUUUUAAAGUGAAAAAGAUUGAUUCUUCACCAAAAUGGUCAAAAAUUAGAUUGGAGAGCUUAUUGGAAUUGGUUUGUUGGAGUGAUGAAUUGGCAGUUUCUUUUGUUGAAAAGAGGGUAUUGAAGGAUAAUUCAGGGUAUCAAAAGGGAAUGCCUAUUGAAUUCCCUAUGCAAUUUUCCAAAGGGUUUGAGAUUGAUAAAGGAAUGAAGAAAUGGUUAAAUGAAUGGCAAAGGUUGCCUUAUCUUUCGCCGUAUGAGAAUGGUUGUCAUCUACAGCCAAAUAGUGAUAUGUCGGAUAAGUGGGUGGUUGCAGUUUUGCAUGAAUUGCUUCACAUUUUUGUCACCAAGAAGACUGAGAGGGAAAAUUUACUCUGUGUGGGGGAGUAUUUAGGUAUUAAGCCGAGGGUUAAGCGAGCAUUGGCUCAUCAUCCAGGCAUAUUUUACCGGUCGAGUAAAAUUGGGACUCAUACUAUGGUUUUGAGGGAGGGUUUUAAGAGAGGGUUGUUGAUUGAAACUCAUCCGCUAAUGGCUAUGAGGAAUAAAUAUAUUCAUCUUAUGCACAAGGUGAAGGAAGUGAAUAAGCUAAAAAGUGUGUCUAGUUCUAGUGCGAGCAAGCAACCAAUACUCAAGGAAGGAGUAACAGAACAGGAGAAAGACAAUGGGGAAGCACCUGCUGAGGAAAUGCAGUUUUCUGACUCUGAUGUGGAUGAAAGUAGUGAUGACGAGGAGGAUGAGAUGGAGCAAGAUGAGAGCUCAAGGUGUGGGCGUAAAAAUGGACAAAGAGGUUCAUAUGAGGUCGAUGAGAACAGGAGUAAUCUUGAAGAAGGUAGGGGGAGCAGGCCUAGGAAAAAUGAUAUGCUGGAUGAGAGUGGUGAUGAUGAUGACGAGGAAGAGGCAGAGGAAGAGCAAGAAGAAGAGGAGAAAGUUUGGAGAUCAAGGGCUGGGCGCCAAUUUGAAAGAAGAGGAUCUGGUAAGCUAAUGGAGGGCUGGAGAAAACCCGGAGAGGUUAGGGGGAGGCCUACGAGAAAUGCUCCACAUGAUAAAAGCGGUGGUUGGGAGGAUCGAAAUGGGAGCUCAAGAGGUGGGUACACAAACGGAAGAAAAGGGUCUGUUAAGGUAAAGAUGGACAGGAGAAACCCUGGAGAGGGUAGGGGUAAGCCUGGCAGAAAGAUUUCAUGGAAUGCAAGUAGUUGUGAUGGUGAGGAUCGAGUUGGACGCUCAAGUGGUGGGUACACAAAUGGAAGAAGAGGAUCUGGUAAGGUGAAUGUGGACUGGAAAAAAUUUGCAGAGGGUAGGGGAGGUCCUAAGAGAAAUGAUAUGUGGAACAGAAGUGGUGGUGCUGAAGAUCAAGAGCGAGUUGAGAGCUCAAGGAAUGGGCACAGAUUUGGAAGACGAGGAUCUGGUAAUGUAAAUGACAGCAGAAGAAAACCCGGAGAUAAUGGGGCAUUUGGAAGAAAUUCUCCACAGGAAAGGGUUGCAAAUAAAUUCCAAGUGAGAACUUGAAAAAAAGGUUAAACUGAUUAGUCAUUGUAAAGAAUGCAUUCAAAGCUGAGAGCAUGUAGGCCAUAAUCAAGAGCAUCAAGAGAGCACAAUUUUUGGUUCUGAAUUUUGCAUAGCUUUGUAAAUGUUUCAAUUUCUAUUUUGGAUGUUCACAGCUCUCCGAAGGGCUUCGUCAUCUCAUCCAUAGCUGGACGUGAUAAUAGCCUCCUGUGCUGUCAUCAGAUUGCAUCAAGGCUUAUCUCUGGCAACAAGCACGUCUACCCAAUUGUUGCAAAACCCCCAGGCGAUAAGGCUGACAAGCACAGGGCAAGCUAAGAAGCCAUAUGAUUCCACUCUUCCUUACAAUGCUUUCCUUCAAGCUUUGUGAUAUGAUAUAUUGGCCGAAAUACUUUUCAAAAAGGUCUUCUACAUCGGGACGUCACCUUGAGCGAUUUGGGUUGUGUUUCAUGGUGAUUGGGAUAGACAUUUCCGGAUCGCGAAACAUGGCUAUGUUUCACGUUCCAUGUAACGAUGUUCAUCGCCCCAUUGAAGCGCUACUCAAUCCUUACAGAAGAACUUGUGCUGAGGCAUAUUUUUGGGUCUUGUGGCCGAGCUUGAUGAGCUUAGGUGAAAAUGGAUUUUAGCUCUAUCUUUACACGCAAAGAAUGCCAUACUGUUUGAAGAUUAAAAUAUCGCGUGUUUACUAGAAAUCAACAUCUAGAUGAACAAACAUAUCAACAUCAUCUCCUUAUCCCAACUGAAUUGAUGUUUACAUCAGCAUACCUUUGUAGCCAUCUUCGUAGCAGAGUUUGGUAGGAGCAAUGAAACAUAAUUCGCUAGUUAGUUCGUCUUUUAAAUUCGCGAUUCUCUCAAAAUGGUUGAAAAAUUGUCUAAAAUCGACCAUAAUUUGCUUUUUCCGAUGUGCGAUUUGCAAGGCAAUUAGCGAAUCAUGUGAUACUAGAUAGGAGUCAUAAACCUACCGAUAGAAAAAGAUUAAAAACGGCUUUUCGACUAAUCGAAAGUAUUGCUUAGCUCAGAACUUUGAUGGCUCACUACUAAGAUUGUAACCCACUUAAGGCUUUUUUUAGGCCCCAAGAUUCUGAAAUCAAAUAAAGAUGAAAAGUCCUAAAAUGUUCUUGUCACCAAUAGACCCACAAAACAGCAGGAUAAUUGGUUAAGAAUAAGUUUCUUAAGUAGUGAGCUUUUUAUGUUAUGUUUGAAAUUUUAUGCCAAAUGUUCUGAUUAUCUUUUUGCAAUAUUGCUGAUGCUGAAUAUAAUUCUGUAAUUACCCAAGAAAUUUGUGGACGGUCGAAAAUGGUUGAGCUUUGGUAAAGAUUAAGAUGCAGAGGUUGCAGUAUCAUACAUUAGAUUGGGGGCAUAAGAUCUGAUAUGAUAUCAGAGCAUGUUCCUGUGUAAUUUGCAUAAUGAUAUAAUCUCAAAUUGACAAUCAAAUUAUUAUUAUUAUUAUUGGACCCACUACUUGCUAUAGUGUAGUAUAAAUAGUAAUAGUAGUACAUAAAAAAGCAUGUGUUUUGUCCUACUGUUAAAAAGCAUUUGACGAUUCGAUAUUUAUUCGACUUACCAACACGACUUGACUGGAUUUCAAAAUGAAUUUAAAAAUAUGUAAAAAAUUAUUGUGGACACAAUUCUCGAUUUUAAGCUGACUUGAAUUACAUGACUCUAAAUCGACCUGAUGAUCCAAAUAUGGUUAAUGACCUCUUCACUUUUUUUAAUUGUGAAAUUUACCUUAACUUUCCAAUUUUUUCAUAUGGUAGACAAAACGAAAGAUUUUCGUUAAUUUUACGCUAUUUUUAUCCAAACGUAAUGAUAUUUUUUAAAAAAACAAACAUCGUGAUCACCAUAAUUGACCAUA